ACAACACUGCGCCAUUACAAGUGAAUGCCUUUGUUGUUUUGACACAGAGAGAUCGAAGUUGGUGUCAUUUGGUUAGCGCUUUCUGCGAACUUUGUCUCAGAGCCGGAGGGUUGUGGUUGAUCCACUGGUUCCUCUAUUGACGUCAUUUGCGAAAUUUGAGUCCGCACGUACUAUUACAAAUCGCCUGUAAAAGCGUCCGAUACAGUUGUAACCUGCAAUCGUCGUAGUUUCCUCGUGAGGUCUUGUUAAGCUCCGCUGUUUGCGUAGAGAUUUUGAUUUCAAGAGCACAAUGAAAAGUCGAAGGCCCAGCACCCGAAGCGCAUCAAGUCGAACUGGACUUCUUGAUUCUCCAGGAAGAAAGAUACUCUCUGAGGUCCUUCUUGUCUGUGAGUUGUUGAUGUUCAUUACACUCACAGCUUUAACUGGUGGUAAACCGCCUUCAACAUCGACAAAUACUCAGAAAAAAACACCUCAAGAAAGAUAGCUAAAUAAGCAUGGUCCAACAGCAACUACCUGACAUUGUGGUGGCAGGCAUGGCUUGCAGACUUCCAGAGUCAGACAAUGCAGAGGAGUUCUGGUCACAUCUGAUGAACAAGGAGGAUAUGGUGACAGAGGAUGACCGACGCUGGAUGCCUGGACUUCAUGGCCUGCCAAAACGUGGUGGAAAACUCAAAGACAUAAAACACUUUGAUGCAACCUUCUUUGGUGUUCAUGCAAAGCAAGCCCAUAGAAUGGAUCCUCAGUUAAGAAUCUUACUCGAAUUAACAUAUGAAGCAUUGAUUGAUGCUGGCAUUGAUCCCCAGACAGUUCGUAAUUCCAGGACUGGUGUCUUUGUUGGUGCCAGUGGCUCUGAAGCUUUUGAAGCUUUCAGUGCAAACACUGAAGACAUUGUUGGCUAUGGUAUGACUGGUUGUUCCCGUUCAAUGUUUGCUAAUCGUGUGUCUUUCACAUUUGACUUCAAAGGACCAAGCUUUGUUUUAGACACUGCUUGCUCCUCUUCACUGCUUGCUAUGGACUGUGCAGUACAAGCAAUCAGAUCAGGAAGUUGUGAUGCUGCUAUUGUGGGUGGUGUGAGUCUUACAUUGAAGCCCAACACUUCAGUGGACUUCUUAAAGCUCAACAUGUUGUCCCCUGAUGGUGCAUGUAAAUCAUUUGAUGUGAGUGGUAAUGGGUAUUGUCGUUCUGAGGGUUGUGUUGCCAUUUACCUGACCAAGAGAUCUGUGGCCAGGAGGAUUUAUGCUCAUGUUGUUAAUUCAAAAACCAAUUCUGAUGGCUACAAGACACAAGGUGUAACCUACCCAAGUGGAGCUCUUCAGAAGCAACUGCUGGAUCAGGUGUAUCAAGAAGCCAACAUUAACCCAGCAGAUGUUGUUUAUGUUGAAGCACAUGGUACAGGUACCAAGGCUGGUGAUCCCGAGGAGCUGAACUCACUCACAUCUGUCUUUUGUGACAAACGUGCAGCUGAAACAGGACCUCUUCUUAUUGGGUCAGUUAAAUCCAACAUGGGGCAUCCUGAACCAGCAUCAGGAUUGUGCGGAGUGACCAAGGUGUUGCUUGCUAUGCAACAUGGCAUCCUACCACCCAACUUACAUUUCAACUCGCCAAACCCAGACAUUCCAGGUCUUCUUGAUGGUAGACUGAAGGUUGUGACAGAACCCUUGCCUUGGAAAGGUGGCAUUGUUGGAAUCAAUUCAUUUGGAUUUGGGGGAUCCAAUGUUCAUGUUAUCUUGAAGUCACCAGAUGCACCUAAACCUAAAAUAUCUUUAAAGCCCACUCUUCCAAUAGUAGUCCCUGCAUCAGGAAGAACAGAAGAGGGAGUGAAGAAAAUGCUGCAGUUUGCAAGGGAGAAUAUUGCGAAUAAAGAUCUUUUGGCCUUGUUAACAGAGGUUUCAUGCACACCCUUGAAUACUUUCUCACAUAGAGGCUACACAAUUGUUGGAAGUGAGAGCAAUGUUGAAGAAGUCCUCAAGGUACAGUCCAAUCGGCGUCCAAUAUGGUAUGUGUUCUCUGGCAUGGGCACUCAGUGGUCUGGCAUGGGAGAGAAGUUGAUGCAGAUUCCAACAUUCAGUGAAUCUAUCCACAAGACUGCUGAGAUUUUGAAGGACUUUGGAGUUGACCUUGUCAAGAUUAUUACAAAGAGUGAUGAUAAGACAUACACCAAAACCAUCAACUCUUUUGUGGGACUAGCAUCCAUUCAGAUUGCCUUGGUUGAUUGCUUGAAAGCUUUGGGAAUAACCCCAGAUGGAAUAGUUGGGCACAGUGUGGGAGAGCUUGGCUGUGCAUAUGCUGAUGGAAGUUUUACUGCCAAGGAAGUAAUUUUGGCUGCUUAUUGGAGAGGUCGUUGUGUCCAGGAGGCUAAACUUCCUCCAGGAGCUAUGGCUGCAGUGGGUCUAACCUGGGCAGAAGCCAAGAAGAGGUGUCCUGAAGGUGUGCGACCAGCCUGCCAUAAUGCUGAGGACACUGUCACCAUCUCUGGUGAUGCUAUAGCUGUCAACAAAUUUGUGCAGGAGUUAAAGGAGGAAGGAACCUUUGCAAAGGAAGUGAACACAUCUGGUGUUGCAUUCCAUUCCAGGUAUAUGGCUCUUAUUGCCCCUAUGCUCAAAGAGUCAUUGAUGAAGUUCAUAGUACCAAAGAAGAGAUCACCACGCUGGAUAAGUACAUCUAUUCCUGAAGACAGAUGGGACACUGAGUUGGCAAAGUAUUCCUCUGCAGAUUACCAUGUGAACAACCUGGUUAGCCCAGUUCUGUUCCAAGAGGCACUAGGAAAGAUUCCAGUGGAGGCUGUUGUCAUUGAGAUUGCUCCACAUUGCCUUCUUCAGGCCAUUCUCAAGAGAUCUCUCAGCCCACAGUCAGUUAACAUCCCUUUAAUGAAAAGGAAUCAUCCAAACAACUUGGAGUUCUUUUUGACAGGCCUUGGCAGACUUUAUGCGGGUGGAAUUAACUUUGAUCCAACCUUGAUUACCACAACCAAGGCAUCUUUUCCUGUCCAUGUCUCAACUCCUUCUAUUGCUCCUCACAUGGGAUGGGACCAUUCCCAGGAAUGGGAUGUUCCCACCAUGAGCAGCUUUCAGUUCAGUAGCAGUGGUGGAACAGCAACAUCAUGCAAUUUUGAGAUUGACAUAUCACCGUCAUCAGCAGACAAGUACCUUGAAGGACAUUGUAUUGAUGGUCGAGUCCUUUUCCCUGCCACAGGUUACUUGGUCCUGGCAUGGAAGACCCUUGCCAAAUCUGCUGGGCUUCUCCUGGAACACACUUCAGUCGCCUUUGAAGAUGUAACUAUCCACAGGGCUACCAUUCUCCCAAAGACUGGCUCGGUGACUCUAACUGUUCAUCUUAUGCCAGCUUCCAACAAGUUCAAUGUGUCUGAAGGAGACAGCCUAGCAGUGUCUGGCAAAAUCUUUAUGCCAGAAUCGCCUGUAUUGAGUGAAGACUUUAAGGCAGACCCUCCACUUGAAGAAGAGGUGCACUUGACAGCAGACUGCAUUUACAAGGAGCUUAGGCUACGUGGUUAUGACUACGGACCCACUUUUCAAGGAAUUUUAGGAGCAAACAGUUCAGGCACAAAUGGUGAACUCAAGUGGACUGGAGAGUGGAUAUCAUUCCUGGACACCAUUCUUCAAUUAUCAGUUCUGAGACUUCCUGGACGAGGAUUGAGGCUGCCUACCAGAGUACGAUCAAUACGCAUUGACCCAUCCAUCCACCUGGAGAGAGCAAAAGAAGGCACUUGUGAGGUAAAGGUUGAUCCAAAGAUGGACAUGGUUGUGGCUGGUGGUGUAGAACUCAAAGGUCUUCAUGCGACCGUAGCACCUAAAAGACAAGAUGGGCAAGUUCCUGUCUUAGAAAAGUUCGCAUUCGUGCCAUAUGUUGAUGGUCCAAUGCCCAAAAGCGCAACUUUGGAAGGUGUCAGUAAAGAAAGCUUCUUCGAUGUUAUACAAAAUGGUCCUCUCUUGAAAGUCAUGUUGGACACUGUCAUCGAGAACAAGGUUAGUCCCAAUUUGAAAAUCAGCGAAGUAGGUGCAGCUGAAGGGAAAGUCUUCUCGCGUGCUGUGCCUUUGUUAAGUCUACAUCCUAUGGUUCAACUAAACUAUACAGCCACAGACAAGAAUGAAGAACUCUUGGGUACCAUUACCGAACUGGCCCCAGAGGACUUGGUUGAGGUUUGCACUUGGGAUGUUUCUAAGCAACCGCCAGUUGCUGUGAACAAGAGUGAUCUUAUCAUCGCCUCAAAUCUGAUCCAUAUGACAUCGGACCUUUCUAAUGCGUUGGAGAACAUCAAGUCUGCCCUCAGCCCGCGAGGUUUUGUUCUGCUGCAUGAAGUUACAGCUAAUCUGGAGGCAGCACGUGCUAUUUUUGGAAAGAACGGUUUCACUCCAAGUGGACAAGAACAGAAGUACUUCCUUACGGAUCAACAGUGGGUGAAAACUUUGCAAGGUGUUGGACUCAAUCUAGUGUCAAUGAAAAGGAUCGGCUCCGUGUCAAGUCUCCUUCUAUGUAGGCUGACGAAUGCCUCUGAGGGGAAACCUGUCUUCAUCGACGUGGAUGAAACAUUCCAGUUUUUGCCCAACCUUCAAACUGCUAUGGCGUCUGGUGACAAGUCACCCAUAUGGCUCCGUUCAUUCACCGCGUCCCCCACAGGAAUAGUGGGCAUGACAAAUUGCUUGCGACAGGAGUUGGGUGGAGAGAAGAUCCGCUGUCUCUUCGCCAGCCCUGAUGAGAAGGCCAAAGUGAUGGAACACUUUGAGUCUUUGGUUAAGUUAGAUUUGGUCAUGAACUUGUUCCAAGGUGGCAAAUUCGGCUCCUAUAGACAUGUUCUUCUCGAGGAUUCGCCCAGCGCUAGUGAAGAAACAGAGCACGCAUAUGUGAAUGUACUGACACGUGGAGAUCUCUCUUCACUGCGAUGGAUUGCCUCUCAUCUGAAGUAUUCCCCAAGAACUCAAGGAACCACAGAACUUUGUACAGUCAACUACACUUCCUUAAACUUCCGUGACAUUAUGCUUGCUACAGGUAAAUUGCCACCGGAUGCCCUUCCUGGAGACCUAGCACAUCAGGAUUGUAUCCUGGGAAUGGAGUUUUCUGGUAGAAAUCAGAAGGGCGAGAGGAUCAUGGGAUUGCUACCAGCGCAGGCCUUAGCAACUACAGUCAUGGCAGAUCAGCGGUUUACUUGGAAGGUACCUGAAACCUGGACCCUUUUGCAAGCAGCUUCUGUUCCAGUAGUUUACUCUACAGCCUACUACGCUUUGAUUGUCCGCGCAAAUCUCAGGCCAGGGGAAUCUGUCCUCAUCCACUCCGGAUCAGGGGGAGUUGGUCAGGCAGCCAUCUCCAUCUGUCUUAAAAUGGGUUGUGAAGUGUUCACGACAGUAGGGACGAAAGAGAAGAGGGAAUACCUUAUGGCGACCUUCCUUGAUCUGAAACCACAGAACAUCGGCAACUCUCGAGACUUAUCUUUUGAACAAAUGGUGAUGCACAGAACUAAUGGGCGUGGCGUGCACGUUGUGCUCAAUUCGCUGGCCGAGGAAAAGCUGCAAGCUAGUUUACGAUGCUUGGCGCGACAUGGCCGUUUCCUCGAAAUUGGAAAAUAUGACUUGUCAAACAACACUCCUCUGGGCAUGGCUUUGUUUCUUAAAAACGUUUCCUUCCACGGAAUCCUGUUGGAUGCUAUUUUUGAAGAGGACAACCCGGAGUGGAUCGAAGUUUCAAAACUUUUUACAGAAGGAAUUAAGUCAGGUGCAGUACGACCUUUGAAAACCACAGUGUUCGACCGCGACGAAAUUGAGCCCGCCUUCCGUUUCAUGGCUCAGGGCAAACACAUUGGAAAGGUAGUCAUUCAAGUCAAACCAGAAGACGAGACCAAAUCAGUGGUCAAACUUAUGGCGCAUGCGCGCAGCAUGUGCGACCCGCGUAAGAGUUAUGUAGUCACCGGAGGCCUGGGUGGCUUUGGUCUGGAACUUGCGCAUUGGCUGGUUGAGAGAGGUGCACGUAAUCUGGUUCUGACAAGUCGCAGAGGUAUCCGUGCCGGUUACCAGGCUCGUCGCAUUAAAGUAUGGCAGGAAAUGGGUGUGAAAGUACUUUCACUGACCGAUGAUGUUGGCACAAAAGAAGGCGCGGCUUGUAUCCUGAAAAAGGCUUGCGAACUCGGCCCCUUGGGAGGAAUCUUCCAUUUGGCAGUGGUACUGAGGGAUGGUUUGCUCGAGAAUCAAACCAUCGAGGCAUUCCAGGCGGUCAACAAACCCAAGUAUCAUGGCACAAUAUACCUUGAUCAGAUGACUCGACAGAAGGAUAUUGCUGAGGAGCUUCAUUGGUUCGUGGUGUUCUCAUCCGUGUCCAGUGGGCGUGGUAAUGCUGGCCAGAGCAACUACGGCUUUGCCAACUCAGCUAUGGAGAGAGUCUGUGAAGAUCGUGUGAAGAAAGGUCUCCCUGGAGUCGCGAUUCAGUGGGGUGCUAUUGGAGACGUGGGCCUUAUUCAGGAUACCAUGGGUGGCUCAAAUGAGACUGUCAUUGGUGGUACUCUUCCACAGCGCAUGAGUAGCUGCUUAGCUGUGCUGGACAGAUUCUUAUCGCAGACUCAUCCAGUGAUGUCAUCGUACAUUUUAGCAUCCAAGAUAACGAGCAAGGGAGAUAAGGGGUCUGGAUCCGACCUGGUUGGAGCUGUAGCACAUAUUCUUGGAGUGAAAGAUGUUUCUACAAUUAAGCCUGACACGACCUUAGCUGACCUUGGUCUUGAUUCUCUCAUGGGAGUUGAAGUCCGCCAGACCUUGGAACGAGACUUUGACAUUCAAAUGACUAUGAAAGACGUGCGGCUGCUGACGGUGAAUAAAAUGCGGGAGCUUACCAGCGGUGAUGCACCCGAGGAAUCUGAGAAAGGAAAGAUCAUUGAAGAAACCGAAGCUUACCUUCCAGAGAUUGGCAAACAAUCAUUGGUGCAAAUGAAUGAUGUGAAAAAUGGACAGAAACCGCUUUUUAUAAUCCACAAUAUCAAUGGCACAGUGGAGCCGUUGCGUAUCCUGGCUAACAAUCUUUCUUUCCCCGUGAUCGGUCUGCAGUACUCCUUGACGUCCCCCAAGGAUUCGAUCCAGUCUCUCUCGGCCAGCUAUAUUAAAUGCAUCCGGGAGAUUAUCCCUCAGGGCCCUUACCGCUUGGCUGGUUACUCGUUUGGGGCGUCAGUGGCAAUAGAAAUGGCAUUGCAACUGGAAAAGACAAACGAGGUAGAGAGCUUAAUCUUAUUGGAUGGAUCACACACCUAUGUUGCAGCACAUACAGUGUGGCAUAGAAACAGGUUGUCCCUUCAACCCAAAGGAUCUUGGGAACCAAGGGCUGUGGCAGAAGGCCUGAGUGCCCUAGCACUGCAGUACGCACCUGUUGACAAAGCCAAACUCCUAGAAGUUCUUCAGAAAGAAACCACCAUUGACAAACAAAUUCAAUUAACAGCUGACGUUAUAUCUGAAGCGAAUUCAGCGUUAGCCAAAGAGAGUGUUGUCAGGUUCAUCACGAGUUUUAUGGCUUUGUUGCGCAUGGGCGAAGAAUACAAGCCGGCUUCGCGACUCCAUGGCAACGUACAUCUUGUUCGCGCCAAAACUGUAAACGAGAUGGGCAGGGGUCUUGGUGACGACUUAAGUCUGCGCGAGGUGUGCAGUGGUCAGUUGAGCGUGAGCUGGGUCGAGGGUGAUCACGAGACGUUCCUUCAGAACGAGAGCAGCAUGGAAGUCGCAAACAUCGUAACUAAGGCUUUGAGAAGUUGAACUUGAUCGAGGUUGUCAUAGCGAUCAAGGUUGCUUAAAGCACAAAAGUGAGCCAAAAAAAAUUUUUUAACAGUGCAUUUUUGUCUGUCAUGACACCAUCUUUGAAGCCGUCUAAAGUUCAUUUCAUAGGAGUGGAUUUAAGUAGACUUGGUUUUAAUGAGUGUUAUGUUUAGAUGAAGCACUACAGAUUACUUGGAAAAUACUGGUCUCGAAAAUUUGGUAGCUGUAGUCAAAGUGAAGUGUUUGUAGAUCAAAGACAAUUACAAAUUUUGUCAUUCGUUGAAAGUGGAAUUUGGAGAUGGGAAUUGUAAGUAGUUUUAUUCCGAUUGUCAAUUAAUGUUUGAACUACAUUAUUUCACAAAAAUAAGAUAUCAAAAUAGAAACCAUAUUAGAAGAUAUUUGAAAUUUUUUGCUGCAAAGGGUAUUUAUAUAUUUUUUUUACUGAGGUUUGUUGGUAAGUAUUAGAAGGAGGAACACAACACCUAUCGUUGGUUAACUGUUCGUGAAGGUACAUGAAUUAACAUGGGUCUUAACCAUAUGACCCUAAGAGUGACAAGCAUCUAUUUUCUCCUUACAAUAUCACCCCUAAAUCACUCAUUAAGGUCAUGAGAGUGAAGUAAAUGAUCACCAAAUUAACAAGCUCUUGAUUAUUAA